AUGGAUAAACAGUGCAAAAAUCAUGAGAAUAAAUUGAAUUCAUUAAUUAUAUCUGUCGACGCAGAUUUUUUUUUGCUGCUUUUGUUUUUGUGUAUUUUAAGAAUUACAAAAAUCAACAUAGAACAACAACAUACUUCAUGUGUUAGCUUUAGCUACAAAGAGCUUAGCAACAUAACAAAACCAUUUUCGAAACAACAAAAAUAA